CAUCUCCCCAGUUGCCUUUGUUGCCUGGGUUCCAGAUUCUGGUACCGUGGUUCCUGACCCAGUCAGAGUUCUGGUUCCGGAAGCUGCCUCCCAGGUGCCUCGGGCUUAGCUCUCACCCAGGCACAAAGCAACGCUGAGGACAUGGGCAAGAGCAUCCCCCGGUGCCUGGCGCAGCUGGACAUCCGCAAAAGUGUAGUGAGCCUGGCCACGGGCGCCGGGGCCAUCUACCUGCUCUACAAGGCCAUCAAGGCCGGCAUAAAAUGCCAACCACCCCUCUGCACCAACUCACCCAUCUGCAUCGCCCGUGAGUGUCCGGGCCCUGGGGAGAGGGCUCUGCCCCAGGAGGCACCUGCUCCCGAGGCCUCCCCUGUGGGAAUGCCCGAAGGCCUGGCCAUCGAGCGAGAGCGGCACGGGCGGGACUCGGGCGAGCUCCGGAGGCUGCUCAGGUCUUUGGAGUACAAGCAGGACGAGUACGCCAAGAGCAUGAUCCUGCACAGCAUCACGCGCUGUGUGUACCUGCUGGAGGCGGAGGCUGCCUCUUGUACUACUGAUGACAUCAGGUUGGUGGGUGACAUGCUGGACGACGAGGACAACAGUGUCAAAAUCCAAGCUCUGAACACACUUAAAGCUUUCUCUGGCAUCAGAAAAUUCAGGCUGAAAAUCCAGGAACAUGCCAUCAAGGUGCUGGAGCUCAUCUCUACCAUCUGGGACAUAGAGCUGCACGUUGCUGGCCUGCGGCUCCUCAACAACCUCCCGCUGCCUGACUACGUGCACCCGCAGCUGCGACGCGUGAUGCCCGCCCUGAUGGAGAUCCUGCAGUCGGACUGCAUCUUGUCCCAGGUGCAAGUCAUUCGGCUGCUGAGCUACAUGGCGCAGAAGAAUGACCUCCUUUAUGACAUUCUCAACUGCCAGGUGCACUGUGACUUCCUGAAGCUGUUCCAGUCCUCGCAGCCGGGGAGUCUGCUGUUCGAGGUGCUGGUGUUUGCCGAGCGGCUGAGUGAGGGCCGGAACUCCCCCCACUACCGCGCUGUGAAGUGGCAUUACAACGAGCAGUCCCUGCACGAAGCCCUGUUUGGGGAGGAGUCUCGCCUGGCAGACCGGCUGCUCGCCCUGGUCAUCCACCCUGACGAGGAGGUCCAGAUCCAGGCCUGCAAGGUCAUAGUCAGCCUGCAAUGCCCCCAGGACUUGGGAGUCCGGCCCUCCUCCUGCCCUCCGACCCGUUCCUACUUUAAAAGCGCGGAAUAGCAUUAAGGAGAACCAUUAAAUGACUAUGAGAGAGAGAA